AUGGUCGACCAAAAGAAUGCCUUCCAGGCCCUUGCAAGCGAUAAUCGCGGUACAAUUAUCACUUUGACCUCGGUGUCCUUUCUGAUUGUGGCCAUCAUCUUUGUGCUCGCUAAGCUCGGUUCGGUGAUUUAUUUCAAACAACGACGGACAGCGGUCAAUACUCCCAUCUGGGUGGCUUUGAUUCUUGCAAUUGUUCAAGUCGUUGUAUUACAGAAGGCGGUUUACCAUGGACUGGGAAGGCACCAGUACCGGCUGAGCGAAGGCGAUGUCCAAGCCUGGAGCAAGUUCGCCUUCGCUGCUCACAUUCUGCUCAUCGUUGUCUUGGCGCUUUCAAAAAUGUCGACCAUUCUGCUGGUUUGGAAGUUAACGCCGAGCAAGAGCCUGCGUCGCAGCUGUGCGAUCACCGCUGGUAUAGUUCUCGCAUGGUCGAUAUUCGCCGUGCUGAGUAUAGCUUUCCAGUGUGGAUUGCCCGAUCCGUGGCUAUACUCUCCCGAGCGAUGUGCUGGAGAGGGAGCCCUAUUCUACCCGAUCGCAGUCAUCAACAUCCUCACAGAGAUUAUCAUUGUUAUCCAACCGUUCAUGAUGAUGCGCAAUGUCCAGAUGGCCUUGAACCAGCGGGUGAAGAUCCUGUGCUCCUUCUGUUCGCGUCUAAGUAUCGUCGGCCUCGGCAUUGCCCAUCUCGCCCUCCUACCUUCAUUCAUCCACUCAACCGACGUCUCCUGGGAUAUAGUGGACUGGAGCACAGUCGGCCAGGCAAUGAUGCUAACAACCGUCACAAUCGCCUGCGUUCCAACCCUCUACCACAUCUUCGCCGGCCUACACUCUGGCCUGACCACAACCCAGAUUCCUGAAGGGAUCAGGCUCGAGCUCCCGCAGACCAAGGUUAGCGGGUAUAUCAACCAAUCCUCCUCGGGAUCAAGCCAGCGCCAUUCGCGGUUGCAGUCGAGCGGACGGUCGAGGAAGAAUGGACGGUCACUGUUUGAUGGGUGGGGAGGUGAGACCGGUGUUAUCACUGAGGUUUCGUCGGGUCGGGAUCCGAAUCAGAAUUAUGAGGGUGGUAGGCAGUCUAGUUCGAGCGAGGGGACAGAGAGUACGCGACAUUUGACGCAAGAACAUCAAGGAAAGGGGGCUGUGCUAAGGACGGUAGAUGUUACGGUGGAGGUUGAGGAGCACUAUCAUCAAGAUCGGCUUUGA